CGUUCAAGUACGGUGCAGCCGUGCAGCUCUUUUCUCUGUGCAGUAUAAAGCCAUGUUAUGAACAGCGCCGUGUUCCAGCACUCCGAAAUUCCUGCAUACUCGAUCCGACCGUACCGGUACCACCCACCGCAAUCAUGGCCGCGAAUGGCUCAUCCUCCGGUGUCGACAUCUCGCUGCCUGCAGAACACGCAAAUGGAAAUGGAGCAUGGGCUCCUGGAAACGGUGACAGUUCGCCCACGGAAGAGGCUGCCAGCAUGCAGCCCAAGGCCCCCAAUCCCAUUCCUCCAGACUUCUUCCCUCAUGGCAAGCGUUCGCUUUCAGGCAUCGCCGUGCGCGCCUUUUGCUUAGGUGGCGCUCAUGUGCUUGGCCUUUCCGGUGCUGCGUUUUUCGCAUACCACGGCAGCCAUCUCUGGCGGCCUUGUAUGUUUCUCGGUGCGCUCUCUCUCUUCCACUUUCUCGAGUUCUACACGACAGCUGCAUACAACACCCCAGUCGCCAAAGUCGCUUCGUUCCUCCUGAGCAAUGGAAACCAGUACCGCAUAGCUCACACCAUGGCCUUUGUCGAGACAAUCAUUACGUCCUACUUCUUUCCGGGUUACCAAUCCUAUAUCCACCCGCCAUGGCUCAUCGCAAUUGGAUUUAUAAUGGUCGUGGUUGGGCAGACGGUUCGCAGCACAGCGAUGAUUCAGGCUGGCACCAACUUUAAUCACAUGGUGCAGUCUAGCAAAAACGAAGGGCAUGAACUGGUGACACAUGGCUUGUAUCACUAUUUCCGUCACCCCUCAUACUUUGGCUUCUUCUGGUGGGGGAUCGGCACACAGCUCAUGCUUGGAAACACCGUCUGCUUUCUGGGAUAUUCCGCCGUCUUGUGGCUCUUCUUCAAGAAACGUAUUUUCCACGAGGAAAAGCAUCUGCUGGAGUUCUUCGGUGAAGACUAUAGAGCAUACAAGGCGCGAACGCCUGUCUGGAUACCUUUUAUCUGAACUUGCACGACGUGACAGACCCGUUAGCGCGCCAGAUGAGUAUGUCAUCUCUAGAUGUUUCAACGUAUUAUUGCUCGGUUCAAAACUUCAAAUUUCUUCACGCUUCUGCGUAUGACUGCUUUUUUGUGAUUCAUAUCUUCACUCGAACAUUUCAUCGAUAUCUGGUUGUGCAGUGUUGCUCGCAAUUGGUCUCACCCUUCAUACCACUUCAUCGCAAGGCCGACUUCAGUGAGCGUUUGUGUCGCUUCCUCAUCUCUCACAGCGUCAUUCUCUUUUUGUCUAUAUUACAGUAAUCUUGAAUCGUCC